UCCCCGCCAGCUCCGCCGCAGCACGUCUAUCUGCUUGUUGUCAUGGAGGAGCCAAGAUGGCGGUCCUGGCCUAUAGCCUAGGCAAACGGGAGAUAAAUCAGUAUUUCAGCAUCAAAAAUGCCAAAUUACUCUCUCUCGUCGCUGUCAUUUUCCUCACGGUGGUCCACUCCGCCACUCGAUAUUAUGGAGGCGGGGACACAUGUGACUGGCUCCUAUCCAGUGGACGUUUCCUAGGGAACAGUGUGUGGCAGCCAUAUGGCUGCAUGAUGCACAAGUACAAAAGCAUUGAAGCAAAGACAUGCCUCAACAAUAAGAGAAUAGCAUUCAUAGGUGAUUCCAGAAUUCGACAGCUCUUCUAUGCCUUCAUCAAAAUUAUCAACCCUGACACAAAGGAAGAUGGGAACAAGCACGAAAACAUUCCCUUUGCAGACAGAGAGUCUUCUGUGAAUGUGGACUUCUUGUGGUAUGCAGAAGUGAAUAAUUCCAUGAAGGAGCAGGUGACAACCUGGGUAGAGAGGCCCUUUAACAAACCAGAUGUCAUAAUCAUUGGCGCGGCCACUUGGUCCAUCAAACUGCACAGUGGCAGCAGUGAGACGCUCCUUCAAUACAAAGCAAAUCUCACAUCUAUAGCAGCACCACUGGAGAAACUAACUGAGCGCAGUGAAGUCUAUUGGGUCUUACAAGAUCCCGUGUAUGAGGAGCUGCUGAGUGAGAAUCGUAAGAUGAUCACGAAUGAGCAGAUAGACCAGUAUAAUGCAGCAGCAGUCAGUGCGCUUAACAACAGCAAGAGGAACUCCAAGGCCAGGGUGAAGUUCUUGGAGGCCUCUCGGCAGGCUGCCAUGGAGACCGUCACCCAAUCAGUGGAUGGGCUGCACCUCCCUGAGAGCACAAGGAAUGUGGGUGCCAUGGUUCUAAUGAACUCCAUAUGCAACAAAAUCCUGAAGCCCAUUGAUGGCUCAUGCUGUCAAAGUGUUCCUCCGCUGAGCAUCUUACAGAAACUGGCUGCUGGACUCUUCUUAGCAGCUGGCAUCUGCUUCCUGGUCCUCCAUGCGCUAGGCUACAGCAAACAUCGUAAGAGCAGGCCGGUUUCUGAUGUGGAGAGUGGAGAGGAGAAGAAGCCUCCCAUUGCUGCAGUUCCGCUCAACCUAAAGGAAGCGUUACAGUCGGCCUGCAAGAUGGGUCUUAUCAUGCUGUACUUCUACCUGUGCGACAGAGCAGACAUUUUCAUGAAGGAGCAAAAGUUCUACACACACUCUACCUUUUUCAUCCCACUCAUCUACAUAUUUGUGCUGGGCAUCUUCUACAAUGAAAACAGCAAAGAGACCAAGCUGCUGAACAGAGAGCAAACUGAUGAAUGGAAGGGCUGGAUGCAGCUGGUCAUACUCAUCUAUCAUAUAUCAGGAGCCAGCGCUUUUAUACCUGUCUACAUGCAUGUGCGGGUCCUAGUGGCAGCUUAUCUCUUCCAGACAGGAUAUGGCCACUUCUCCUUCUUCUGGUUAAAGGGAGACUUUGGACUCUACAGAGUGUGCCAGGUUCUCUUCAGACUCAAUUUCCUGGUGGUAGUGCUCUGCCUGGUCAUGGACAGGCCAUACCAGUUCUACUACUUUGUGCCUCUGGUUACCUUUUGGUUUGUGGUCAUCUAUGCCACGAUGGCUAUGUGGCCACAAAUUCUGCAGAUAAAAGCCAAUGGUAACCGUUUCUGGCACCUGGCACUUUUAUUGAAACUGCUGGGGUUGCUUCUUUUUAUUUGCUUCUUUGCAUAUUCACAGGAACUCUUUGAGAGUGUUUUCUCCGUGUGGCCUAUUUCAAAGCUCUUUGAGCUGCAAGGAAGCAUCCAUGAGUGGUGGUUCAGAUGGAAGCUAGAUAGAUUUGCUGUGAUCCACGGGAUGCUGUUCGCCUUUGUUUACCUAAUAUUGCAGAAAUGUCAGAUUCUGUCAGAGGGUAAAGGAGAGCCUCUCUUCUCCAACAGAAUUUCCAAUUGCCUGCUCUUUGUAUCUGUGGUCUCUUUCAUAACAUAUUCCAUAUGGGCCAGUAGCUGUAAAAAUAAGACUGAAUGCAAUGAGAUGCAUCCCUAUAUUUCAGUGGUGCAGAUUCUGGCAUUUGUUCUAAUCAGGAACAUUCCCGGUUAUGCCCGUUCCUUGUAUAGCUCCUUUUUCGCGUGGUUUGGAAAAAUCUCACUAGAGCUCUUCAUCUGUCAGUACCACAUAUGGCUGGCGGCAGACACCAAGGGCAUCCUUGUCCUCAUUCCUGGAAACCCCUCCCUUAACAUCAUCAUCAGCACCUUCAUCUUUGUGUGUGUGGCUCAUGAAAUCUCACAGAUCACCAAUGACCUGGCCCAGGUGGCCAUCCCUAAAGAGAACGCUGCUUUGAUUAAGAGGAUGCUGGCUGCUGGUGUCUUCUUCGGCCUCGUUCUCGUUCUUUCUAAGAGCGGGCAGGCUGGCAACUGAAGAACCACUGCCCAUCUGAAUGAUGAAUGAUCCUUGAGUGCAUUGAAUAAUUUGAGCAAGAAUUCUUGCCUAUUGAUGGCCCUGUGCUGUAAUACUGAACUCAGACUGAGACUUUAAUCUAGAGGAGAGGCCAGGAGCAAGGCCUGUGACGCAGUAAAGACUUACAUGAUGAAGCUUUGUUUACGAUGAACUCAGAUUUUAUACAGGAUGUGUGCCCUAGACGUAGAGACGCUUGCGAGCUACGUAAUGUCACACACAGUGUUGUGACUGACAACUUAUGUUCGGGAGGGACUAAGACUCGCUCUGACAUUGAUAAAAUGUAAACAACCUGUCCUCCGUCCGUAUGUCUUGUAGUACUUAUUUGUCAUAUGUACAGUAUUUAAUGAUUUAAAUUAAGUGUACUUUGUACAGGGGUAUAUUUGUACCACCUUUAUGUUGUUUCUUGGUAGAUUUUUUUUUUUUCUUUAUUUGUAAGGGUUGUACCCUUGACUGAACGGAACAUGAACGGAAUAUGAAUGGAGUAUUACAUUUCCCAUUUCAAGUAGACAGUGCGCCAUAUGCCAGCUCCAUCUUUUGGAACUUCCACCGGUUACUAGCCAAUUGAUUUCAGUGUAAACAACCACUAUUGUAAAUGUAUUUUGAGCAUUUGCAAUUUUUAAAUGAUGCUUUCAACAGUUCUCAGUUCUCCUGAACUCUCAACAGACACAUGAAACUUUUAUAGUUGUCAAAACACAGGCAGUGAAGCGAUCACUGCAUGUACUACUGAAAGAGACUGUCUUGAAUUAUCAGACGAUUUACUUCCCUGCUAUUUAUUGUCAAAAAGGAAAAUAUCUUUAACCAAGAAAAGUAGCUUUGCUGUGGUGUUAUAAUCUAAUGAACUGAAAAUUGUCAGUGCUGUUGUGUGAUGCAAGGCAGAGAAAGCAGAAACAGUCCUGCUUCUGAAGGCAUGAGGGUCAAAAGGUAGCUUUUUUUUUUGAUGAGAGAAAUUGCCAACCUGUUUUGUAUGUAUGUGUUUUGUGGCUUUUACCUUUGAAUUAAGUACGAAAUGCUAAACAAACUAACCCUAUUGUAUAGAUCAUUAUCCCGUUUAUUGUGGCAUUGACUAGGAUGCAUUUCCAAACCAUUUUAAAGCUGUUGGCAGGGAUUUUAGCUCUUCAGAGCUGCAGCCAUGCUUUGAAUUUUCUAUGCUUCUGUUCCUAAGAUCAGACCUGAAACAAAUCACCUGAAGAACAGCGUUUUAAGGUCCUAAAGGCGUUGUGUACAUUUGAACGGUUUAAGACCACUGGACUGAAAAAUCCUGUCAUGAUGGAGUUGGAUAGCAGUGUCGUAAAACAGUUAUGGACAAUAUAUGAAAUAAUUAGUGGGUAUGAACUAUAAAUCUGACAUUCACAUCUACAUCCUCAUGAAACUGUGAGCAUAUUGUUGAUGUUUAUUCACAGAAAGCAGUUUCAACAUCCCUCAUUGUGGUUUCAGAGCAGCAGUGGCAUAAACAAUGCUUUGUUAUUAAAUUGGCUUUUUCAGUUGAAUUAAGACUGUGUUCAUCUGAUCUAGCUUAAAAUCUCUCUAAUUGGUUUUAUUCCACUUGCUUGAGCUUUAUCUAGGAGGUCACGUGCAAGUGCUUGCAGAUUGAAAAGUCUGUAUGUAUCCUAAACUGUAAAUAGAUUUUGCAUAUUGUGCCACUGAGAAGUUACUGAGAAGUUACUUAGAUGUUCCUCAUCCUCAUCCAAGAGCCACUGGCCUGAAAUGUGACUGAUUUUAGGUACAAAUAUUCAGAGAUUUGAAACUUGGACCGUUGUAUCAUAGCUUCUUUUCAUCAAUGUAUUAUUUUGACAUUGCAGAUUAAAGCCAUCUGCACUUUUUUAGGGUCUUCUUCCAUUAUAGGAAGACAAAGUCUUGUUAAAAGCAAACAAGAUCUUCUGUAGAAAUAAUUAUUUUAUUUUCUAAAAUGGACGGUUGCGUUUAUUCCAAACAGCAGCUCGAAUUACACUUGAUGAAUUCAAUCCACUUCACUGCUAUACUGAACCAACAGAGACAUUUAUCCUAUUGUAAAUGUUUGGAUUUUAUUUUUUUAAGACUUCAUUUGUGUAUAUAAAUCCAAUGUUUUGUAUAGUUUAGUUUGAUCCUAUUUAAAGAAACAAUUCAUACCCCCCCAUGCCUCAAUACAGAGCUGAUGUAAAUAUAUUUGUUUUGUCCUGAAAUGUGAAACCUCUCUCUUAUCCAUUGAGAAAUGAUUUCAUUAUGUUGUGUAGUCAUUACUGAUGACAGACAUCUUACUGAACUUGUUUAGUGCUGCAUUCUUAUUAGCAGGCUUGUAUUAAUUCACUUCUGGUGCAUUCCCAUUGACACACAUCAACACAUUCUCAGUUUACACAUGUAAACGCUCAUGGUACCGAGAGCAGAUUUUUACAUUGAUAAGUUUAUUAAUUUAUUUAUCAAAAACAUCUUUACUAAUGUAUAAUAACAAAAUAAAGUUGCCUAUUCAACAAA